AUGUUUGACGAGGAAAGCAACGAAGAAGUUUGGAUAACGCAAAGUUGCUACUCCAAAACUCAUUGUGCUAUUAAUAUUGACGACUUGGUGACUUUUGAAAACGAAAAGCACUUUAUCACGGCUGCUGAAUUGCACAAAGAUAAUGUUUGUCGAGCUGUGACACGCGUUAGUGAUUUUAAUUUGGCUGAGAGAAUUAAAGAUAGAAUUCCGAAUGCUGCUAGAAGCAGCACGGAUUUGGCUGUCGGUGUAUGGCAAGAAUUGGCUGGACGAAAUCGUUAG